ACAAGUCAGGAGCUCCUGGAGGGUGAUUUAUUUGUGACUGCAGGAAGGAUGGUUGGUCAUUCAUUCUUGAAUGGGGGCCCAUGUCUCACUGGCCUAAGCACAGCAAUCAUCCAUGUACUUUUUGGCGGCAGUCAAGAGAUGGCAACCUUAUCCCUAUCAGACUGUGUGGAUCAGGACGUCCGGGAUGUCUUGGCACUGUUGGAAGGAACCAAGGACCUGUCAGAAGAAGACAAAUCCCAGAUUCUUUCUGUGACACUGCCCUGGGACCUGCCUGGUGUCACACUGAACAACAGGUGUUGGCUGAGGGAGAAAAUACUGCUCCAUGCUGUACUUGGACGGACGACCCAGCAGGUGAAACAAAUCAGAAGAGGCCUGAAAGACACGGGUGUCUGGGAGUUUUUUAGCUCCAGGCCAGAUGCUGUGCAAGUUCUAUUCCCGAGGGCCUGCAAUGCAGAAAUCACGCCACAAGUUACUUCUUGUGCUUUUGAGAAAAGCUUCCUCCGAGGAACUCACUUCCUGAACCAAACCCUAACAAAACCUUCACUGAAGAAACUCCAGGAAAAACCUCCCUAUCCGGCAAGGUACCACUUCCCUCUCUCUACCAACAACCUGGAAAGACCUGCCUGCCCUCCAACGACUCUCCCACCGGCGAUCACUGAGAAAACCUCCAGAUCCCAUCUCCAGUCCUCCCUGGCGGUAACACCCUGCCUAUCCAGUAAGCCCCUGUCUGAAUUAGGUUCUUAG